AUGGAGCCGCUGGUGACUGUCUACUGGCUUGCCUGCGGAGCCUCCUACAGGGUCACUGCAGACUUAUUUGGAAUUCCGCUGGCGACAAUUUCUCAGGUGGUCCACAAUGUUGCGAAGGAAAUGAUGACCAUUAUACACAGAGUCAUUAAUUUCCCCAAACCGGAGGAGAUGGAGGAGGUUGGGGCUGACUUUGCUCGUCUUACUGGUCAUGAGGCAUUCCGCUGUGCGGCCGGUGUCAUCGAUGGGUGCCAUGUCAGAGUACUUCCACCUGCCGAACUAAUAUGUUACAUUAACAGGAAACUCUUUCCAUCAGUGUUGCUACAGGACAUCUGUGAUGCAAAUGGCAGGCUUUUAGAGGUCUACAUUGGGGAGACAGGCUCUGUGCAUGACGCACUGAUGCAGCGCAGGUCCCUGAUGUAUCAGGAGGCCCUCUAUCCACCACCGGGGUACUUCAUGCUGGGAGAUGGAGGCUACCCUUGUCUGCAGCAUCCUGUCGCCAUCAUGACCCUGUACCGCCAGCCUCUAGCAAGCCAUGUCGAAGCCAGAUACAACAGGUACCAUGCCAGAGGACGGAAUGUCAUAGAACGUACCUUUGGGAUCCUGAAGACACGCUGGCGUAGCAUCUUCUUGAGGGCUCUGGAGAUCCGGCCUCAGUUUGCCCCGAAGGUGGUUGGUGCUUGCUGCAUCCUGCACAACAUUUGUCUUGCAGAAGGAGACAUCCUAGAGGAGGUGGAGAAGCGAGGACGAUGA